AUGUCAUUUUCCCACGAAACAUGCGAAGAAACUUCAGUUUUGGUGGUUGGAGGCAGUCUUGUUGGACUUUCCGCUGCCGUUUGUCUGGCUCAUCAUGGGGUGCCCACAAUAGUGCUCGAGCGCCAUGCCAGCAGUGGGCUUCAUCCUCGGGCCAUUGGAGUCAGUCCGCGAAGCAUGGAGAUCUACCGGUCUGUCGGAUUAGAUUCGCAAAUUCCACAAUUACCACCAGAAUUUCGUCUGCGCCGUGCUCGCGUCGAGAGUUUGGCAGGUCGUUGGUUUAACGAGCUUCCUUGGACCGAUUGCAAAGGUUCUUCGUGCUUGAGACCCUACUCGCCCUGUUCCGGGAGCGCAAUGUCUCAGGACCAGCUGGAGCCGGUUUUGAGAAUGCGUGCGAUUGAACUAGGUACCGAUGUACGCAUGAAGAACCAUUUGGUACGAUUCCAGCAAGAUGAUAAGGGCGUGAUGGCUGUCGCGAAGGAUCGGACUGGUAGGGAAUACCGGCUACGGGCAGAAUAUAUGAUUGCAGCAGAUGGACAUCGCAGUUCGGUUCGUGAGGAACUCGCCAUACCACGCAGUGGACGUGGAGUAAUGCAGACAGUCCGCAGCGUCGUAUUCCGUGCUCCUCUCGAAACAUACCUUAACAGGGGAAUCACCCAGUUCAUUGUCGAGGAGGCCGACUUCAAGUGUUUCUUGACAGUCUACCGAGAUGGCCGCUGGAUGCUGGUAGCUUUUGACGAUAUUGAACGAGAUGACAACGAGUUAAGACUGCUGAUCAGUCGUGCAAUUGGCCGCGACAAUGUACCCAUCGAAAUUAUCACCGCCGGCCGCUGGGAGUUGAGCGCGCAGGUGGCAGAUUCAUUCCAAUCUGGAAGGGUCUUUCUGGCAGGCGAUGCUGCUCAUACCCUCCCUCCGAAUCGAGGUGGAUAUGGGGUCAACACGGGCAUCGAAGAUGCUCACAAUCUGGCUUGGAAAUUAGCACAUGUGUUGAGGGGCACAGCAUCAACAAAUCUUCUCGACACAUACGAUAGCGAGCGCCAGCCCAUUGCCUGGCUUCGACACGAACAAAUCUUCGCGCGAGCUGACUUUGAGGAGCACCGCAAAGCCGAUAAAUCGGACAUUGAUGGUAUGAAAGUGGUUCUUGAUGACGUGGCUAUGGAGUUUGGCCAACGAUAUAACUCAUGCGCUAUUAUUGAUAGCAUCAACAAGUGUGACAGCACUUCAUGUGACAAUGGUCCGCUAGAGCGCCCCCUGGCUAUGCGUCCAGAGUGCUGGGCUGGGUUGCCAGGUACUCGAGCACCGCAUCUCCAAAUACAACUUGGCGAAACCUCAAUCUCGACACUGGAUCUUUUUGGUCGUGAAUGGGUUCUACUAUUCGAGUCGGAGGAUUGGCAUCGGGUCCUCGCAACUUGCAAACUGUCCAGGUGA